AUGGACGAUCCUUCGAUACAAGGCUCUUCCCGCCUACCUAAGGCCUUCGAGAAGCGUCGCCCACAGAAUCAGUCGGACGAGACUGCGGCUUCUUCGAGAGCUGUCUCCUUGGAACAGGCCAUUAUAGCUAACCUUCACCUAGAAGAAAGGCUUGAAGCUGAAACUCAAGGAGAAACAAUCGAGGUCUGUCUCAAGCGAAUGCUUUCAACCAAGUCAACAAUCUCCACGGCUUCGUCUUUUGCGAAGCGUCAGCAAGCAGCAGUUGACGUUGCUGCAAACUUCCGGGAGAUCGGUACCGGCUCCAUCGGCAAAGUGUUCGAGCAUCCAGGCACCACGUUCGCCUACAAGCUGCCUCUCACGGACUUUUGGGAGGAGAAUCUUGAACUGUUUCCAGAUAUAUCUGGAUCCCCCCGCGAGACCAAUCACAUUCUCUGUAUGGAAAGGAUCUUCCCUCUUCCGAAGCCCGUUCGUCACUGUCUAAUUGAGAAGUUCUGUCCGCCUCAAGGACGAGAGCAGUUGAUGAAGAGCGAGGCCAACAAGGACUGCUUAGUGCGACCGUAUCUCGGCCGCAUCAAGUAUGGUACGGGCGGCCAGUUCUUCUCUCUGCGAAACUUCAAGCUUCACGCCAACCAGAUCAAGGACCUGGAAAUGAAGCCAGCCGACCUGUAUCUGGGGAUGGCUCAUGCUCUUGCCGUUAUGCAUUGGGUAGCUAAGAUUGACGGCAACGAUGUUGAGUUCGUCAUCGGAAGUUCUCCAGUGGCGGAGCAGGUUGUUCGCACUGACUACCUUCUUGUCGAUAUAUUGGCCCUGAAGCCAAUGACCAGCACGUACGAACUUCUGACGCACAAACCCCCUGACUUUGGCCGAAGAGUCACCUCAUUGUGGAUGAUUGACUUCGAUGACUGCCAUGAUAUCACCAUGGAUGACGCGGGCAUUGACAAGGCAGUCAAGGCGUUCAUCGAGACCAAUCACUACUGUCCCCGGCCGAAUUCAGGAGACAAUUACAUCGAGACCAUGUGGAAAGAUUUCUCAAGCAUGUACUUGUCUUUCAGUAGCACCAUCAUGACGAAGCUGGGCAAGAAGAAUGAGCUGGGAAACCUUCCGGCCAAGUUCGUCGAGAGACUCAAGGUGGCAUCGAUCGGAUCUCAACCGCCCAACCCUGGCGCUUCUCCCCAAGCAAAGGACCGAGGAGGCACUUCCGGUUCCAGCUCUUCAGCCGGCCGCGGUGGCUCUUCCGGUGGCAAUACUCCUUCUCGUGGCCGCGGCGGCAUUCAUGACAGAUUAAGAAGCACAAAGCCAGAGAUUUUCCACGGGUUGAAGUGA